UGGAGAGAGGGAUGUCAAAGGCGCAGGUUACGGCGACAACGAACGCUGUGUUGUCCGAGUCAAGGAAAAUGGCGGAAGCAGGUGUGGAAACAGCUUCGUCUUCUGCCAGAUUUUUCUGUCACAAAUGCAAUGUGGAGAUCACCCCACAGUUGCCUGAUUAUGUAUGUCCACGAUGUAACAGCGGCUUCAUUGAAGAGCUGGACCGUGCAAGAGACUCGGACAGUGACAGUUCCAGUGACACAGAGAUGGAGCCAUUUGACAUGUGGGAUGUAAUAACCUCAGACUCGGCAGCAUCAGGAGGUGCAUCUCCUGCAGCCUCCUCUUCUGGCCCAGGUCUUCGUAGAAGUCAACGUCUCAGACACCUUAACCCAAGACAUAGGCGGAGAGUAAGCGGGGACAGGCACUCGGCUUUGGCACCCCUCAUCCACGAUCUCAUAAUGCAGAUGACUUCAGGUGUGAUCGAGGCCAGUGUAGGGGGAGCAGACUUUGCAGUGCCCCCUGUAGGCUUUGAUCUUCCAGGAUUUCCAGUUCUAGUUGCAUCAAAUCUGGCUUCUAAUCCUGGAGAUUAUGCUUGGGGUCGUGGUGGAUUAGAUGCCAUCAUAACGCAGUUGAUGAAUCAGCUAGAUGGUACAGGUCCACCUCCUUUAUCGAGAGAUCAGAUUUCACAAAUACCUACAUCCAACAUCACCAAAGAACAAUGUGAUAAGGGCCUACAGUGCUCUGUGUGUAUGGAAGACUUCACUAUAGAUGAGAGUGUUCGUCGGCUUUACUGUGAGCAUUGUUUCCACAACGACUGCAUCAUUCCCUGGUUAGAACUUCAUGGAACUUGUCCAAUUUGCCGGAAGUUGUUACUUGAGGACGUGCAGGCAACUCUAGGCAACGCUUCGGCAGCAUCAAGUAGCAGCAACAACAGUACCAACCCUGGUUCAAGAUUUACAAGGCCACAGACAGGAGCAAGUGCAUCUUCUCUGGCCAGCAGCACGAGUGCUUCUUCCUCUUCAACUGGCAACAGUUCCCCCACAUCAAGGGCAUCCUCAGCACGACCCAUGUUUGAGGAAGAGCUAGAUUGAUGUUAGGAAGAAAUCUUCAUAAUUACAGUUCUGUUUUCACAUUACAGUAGCACUACAACUGCUUGCUCAACUCUGCUGGUGUUCACGUGUCUACACACGACUAGCAAGUCAUAAGAUAUUUAAGAAAUAUUGGAUAUAAAAUUCAUAAGGUUAUAAAUGUGCUUAUUUUAGAAUCUUGUAUUAUGCAAAGUGGUUAAGAUAUAAUCACAAUUCAACUGUAUAAAUGCUAAACGAUUAACCAAAAAUCCCUGAGCAAUAUGCAGUUGGAAUUAAUUUUGAAACUUAAAAAAAUAAAAAGGCACAAUGUUUUCUCACAUUGUAGUUUGUUUUUUUGUUUAUCGUAAUAACCAAUUGUCUUGUGCUGCUGCAAAGCAUGUAAAUUGGGCAUCAUAACAUUACCAAACCAAUUUUGAACACAGCUAAAUUAUAAUGGUCAUUGAACAUUAGUGUCAUAUCACUUUCCCAUUUAGUGGCAACAAUAAAACUUUGUGAAAGUGCUGCAGAAUUAAUUUAUUUCGUAUUUGCUGCAUAUGAAGUAAAGACUAAUUUACAAUACUAUUAUGAAUAAUAGUUUAUUUUAAUGGACUUGUGCCAGACGUAAUAAUUGGCAUUGAAGUGAUUAUACUGUUAAAAGCACCCAUAUUAGACAUCGUCAAUGACAAUGUUUGGAAACUGUUCGAGGGCAUAAGUUGUGAAAGAUUUAAAUAAAUGUGUGUGAAUAUACAAGAACCAAAGUGAGUUUCUUUCAUGAACAUUUAGACUUGUUUAUACAACAUUUUUAAUUUGGAUUAAUUGUGGUUAUGAAACGUGCAGUAGAUUUUAUUUUUUCCCUCUGUCUUUAGGAUUAUUAAUUCCGGUGUCGUCCAUGGAACACGUUUUGUUUCAUGUAAAAUACCAUACUGCAUCAUUGUUAUGAAUGGUUAUUGUAAAUAGUCCAUGUAAAUUGAUAUUCUUGAGUUUCGAGAUUACAUUUUGUACAAAAGUAAUUUAGUUAUCUAGCCUCUAAUGCACUUUGGCUAGUUGUUUAAUCACGUGGUUUACCGAGGGAUUGUACCAUAUAAUUCUUGUCAAUAAAUAUUCCUGAAAGGUA